AUGCUCCGAAUACCCCAACUUAUGGACGCACCGUCGACAUCCAACGGAGAGGAAAUAUUCGGGGCCAAAGAGGUUUCAAAAUCAGUGACGGCCUCUGCAUCCCUCGAGUUUUUCAGGGAACACGGCCUUUUCUACACGGAGAAUGCAGCAGUUGGAGGGAUCGUGGACGCCUUAGACCAGCAGGGACUGUCCAGCAGCCCGGAUAGCUUUAAAUUCUUCAGCGGCUGCAUUAUUGGAGAUGAACGUAUCCAAUCUAUUUUACGGCCAUAUCUUUUGCACCCCAACCCACAAGUCUGUCGCUCCUUCGGUAGCGAUCCAGGUCAUAUAUUUGCGUUUGCCCUCGGUCCAACUCAUGGGGAUCGAGUCGUGGUUCACAUGUGGGGGGCUGGCUCGCGUGUGGUGUUCUACGACAGCUCACACAAGAAGCCGUUGAAGGGUGUGUUGGCUGCAAAUGGAUUGCUCGAGGUUCCGCUGGCCUCCUUGAGGAAGAACGGCUGCGAGCCAAUCGACGUCCAAAUGGAUAAAGGCGGCAUCGCAAUCCUGCAUUAUAGGCACGCAUUCCAAAUUAAAACCGGUUUUACAAGCGCAUAUGGGCUGGAAAGCCCCACGAAUAAUGAUACUGGUACACGGGGCUCAUGA